AUGGCUGCGCCAGUAACGACAAUCUUCCCAACACAAUCGUUGCCUGCAUGCGCAACGGCAUGUGGUCCCCUUUAUGAUGUUAACGGAGCCUGCGCAACCGCGACGGCCGCCGCCAGCGUUCUCCAGCAGUGUUUCUGCGGUGAUGCACGAUUAGCUCCCUUCAGUACCGGCACGGCCGGGGUGUGCGAUGGUGCUUGUGCGGCUACUCCUACAGAUUUGGCAAGCAUUCAGGCAUGGUACACAGGCUACUGCAAUGCCGCUGGGACAGCGACUGGCACAGCAGCAACGUCGACAAGUACCGCUGUCGGAAGCAAGGAUAACGGCGGAGGCUCAUGGGUGGACAAUCACUACCAAUGGAUCAUCUUCCUCGUCAUCAUCGUGGUCGCCAUCAUCGGCAUCUGGAUAGGUGCCUGCUUCUGGAGGCGAGCCUACCUCCGCAAGCGUGACCGCCGGUACGCGCUCGGCAACAACCUUGCCCACACUACCGAGUCCGGCCAUGUGAUCCCCAACGACGGCGUGCACGUUCCCGGAGCGACCAUGUUCUCGCCUGCGCCUAUCGCCGAGGCUACCGUGUUUGACGAUAAGCCAAGGAAGACGAAGAAGAAGUGGACCGUUAAGGAGAGGACAUGA